AUGGACCGCCAGAAGAAAAGGGAGCUUCGCGACCUGAAUGAGAGGGCCUGGGCAGGCGAGACUGAUGUCUUCCCCGUCAGCAAGUCCCUUGAUUCCGCCCUGAAGAAGAACACGGCCUUUAUCAAACGCCUGCGUACCGGAAUCAGCGCCUCCGCCCUGUCCACCUUCCUGACCGACAUUCGGACCCUCUCCCUCCAUAAAUAUCUGUCGGAGAUCAUCUCAGCCUGUUAUGAGGGGCUUUGCAAACUCAAGUCCCCGGGCGAGAUCGCCGCGGGCGUGGAGAUUGUCUGUGCUUUGCACCAGCGGUUCGGCCCUGCGGAGUUCACGCGGCAGAUCGGAUGGCUACUCGGCCGUGGCAUGAGUUCAAUGGAUAAAGCCUCUCUCAAGAGCCUGCCCCAAGAGCUCCGCGAGCGCGAGGAGCGGGAACGUCUGUCGCGGCACCGGGUUCUCCUUCGCGUUGUCACGGACCUGUGGCUUGUCAGUGCGCUCAAGACCCUGGACGAAACCGAACGGCCGGAAGAUGCUCGAAAGGAUGCUACGUCCGGCAAGCUCCCGGAUCUCGUCCCCAUGCGAGCGCUGAAAUCUGCUGCUGCACUGAAGGAAUUGGAGAAGCAGGCUGAACCGUUCCCGUUGGAGGUGCUCAAGGACCUCCUGGGCUAUGACCGUGACCAUACAAAUCUGCCUCUGGCUGUUUUGUUCGUGAAAAGCUUCAGCUGGGAUAUAUUGGGCACCAAGCUGGCCGAGGAUGGUCGAAAGACGGUGGAGGUGGACGGUGCCACCUCCAAGGCCACCGGUUCGGACCAGGAGCAGGCGGAGGUCGCCACGGACGCGUCGGCGGAGGUUGAUCCUCCGCUGGUCCCGGAGGCAACUCAACAGCGGUUCAAGAAUAUCCUGAGCAAGUAUUUAGAUGAUGUCAAGGCCCAUGUGGUUCGCGACCAAAAGGCUCUAGCGUCUCAAAGUCGCCGGAAUGCUGAAGCAUACGUCAAGAGCGGCGAGAUCUUUGAGGACCGCCAGUCCAAUUUUGAGAAACAGUCCAAGACCCUGGAAAAACUUGUUGCCAACACGCAGGUGUUAUGUGAGGCUCUAGGCGCUGAAAUGCCAGACUUAGUUGAGAAAGAGACCAAUGAUUCUGGCGCUGGAGGAGGAAUCGGUCUUGUGAAAACUACAGACUAUUUGCGUGGCCAGGGUGAUGGUGCAGGGAUCUGGGAAGAUGAAGAGGAGAGAAGAUUCUACGAAAACCUGGUUGAUCUCAAAGGAAAGGUGCCUGCGGUGCUCCUCGAGGAUGGCAAGAAAAAGAAGGGCGAUGCCGAAGACACUGGCAAGAAGAAGACAGAUGGGGAGUCGCCAUCCGAGUCUCCUGCUGAAAAGCCCGAAUCCUCCGAAGACAAGGCUGCCGCAGAAGCAGACGACCAGUCAAUGGCAAUUGCCAGCAAGACCGUUGGCGCACAAGUAGAUGCCUUACUCGGCAAACUUCCAGAGUUGCAAACUAAAGAUCAAGUUGAUCAGUUUGCCUUGGAUUUCUGUUUCGUCAAUUCGAAGGCAUCUCGCAACAGACUAGUCAAGGCUGUCUCUGAUAUCCCUAAAGGCCGUGUUGAUCUUCUUCCACUGUACUCACGUUUGGUGGCUACUCUUGGACAAUACUUGCCCGAUAUCCCCCAGGGACUGACCGCCUAUCUUGAUGAAGAAUUUCGGAGUCUACAGCGUCGAAAGUCCAAGGAAUUCCUCGGUCAAGUGCGCAUGAGCAAUGUGCGGUACCUCGCUGAAUUGACAAAAUUUGGCGUUGUUCCCGAGCAUAUUAUAUUCCAUUGCUUCAAGGUCUCGCUGGAUGACUUUUCCCGCAUGAACAUUGAGAUCAUUGGCAACCUUCUGGAGAAUUGUGGCCGUUACCUGCUUCGCAACCCGGAGACUGCACCGCGGAUGGCCUCUUUCUUGGAAACACUGAGUCGGAAAAAGACCGUCCAACACUUGGCUCAGCAAGAACGCAUGGUGAUUGAGAAUGCCAUCUACUAUGUCGAUCCGCCACCAAGGCCGGCUAUCCAGCAGAAGGAGCGGACUCCAAUGGAGCAGUAUAUUCGGCGAUUGAUCUAUCUGGACAUGAACAAGCGGAAUUAUACUAAGAUCCUGAAGUCAAUUCGCAAGCUUCACUGGGAGGAGCAGGAGGUUGUUGAUAUUCUAGAACGAGUCUUCAGCAAACCGGUCAAAGUCAAAUAUGGCAGUAUUCAUCUCCUGGCCAUCUUGGUCAGCGCCCUGUACCGUUACCACCAAACCUUCGUGAUCGGUGUGGUGGACAAUGUCCUCGAACAGGUUAUUUUGGGCCUGGAGCAGAAUGACUUCAAGUUCAACCAGAAGCGCAUUGCCGAAGUCAAGUACCUGGGCGAGCUUUACAACUACAAAAUGAUCGACUCUCCGGUCGUCUUUGAUACGUUGUAUCGCAUUGUUACCUUCGGCCACGAAGGGGGCACCCCGGUUGCAGACAGAAUCAACCCAUUAGACCUGCCCGAUGACUUCUUCCGACUACGCUUAGCCUGCACACUUCUCGACACGUGCGGCCAUUGUUUCGACCGUGGCUCAGCAAAGAAGAAGUUGGAUUUCUUCCUUGGCUUUUUCCAGUACUACUUGUUUACAAAGGAUCCGUUACCCAUGGAUAUAGAGUUCCUAGUCCAGGACACAUUCUCGGCUCUCCGGCCGCAAUGGAAGCUAGCUACCGAUCCGGAAGAGGCUACUCGUAUUUUCAGCGAGGCUGUCGCCCAAAACUACAAUGUGCCGGACUCCGAGAGACCGAUUGAUGCCGACGAGGAUGAGGCAGAAAGUAGUUCAUCCGAUGAGGAUCUGGAGGAAGACGCGAUUCCCGAAAUUGAAGAUGAGCAGGAGUCCAGUGAUGAAGCUGAGGCAUCGGGCCCUAAUCCAGAGGCCAACGACGAGAGCGAUUUCGAAGAUGAGCACAUCGUCGUCACGCGUCAAGAAGAGGAACGAGAUCCGGAAGCCGAAGCCGAGUUUGAUCGCGAGUUCGAAAAGAUGAUGGCUGAAAGCAUGGACUCCCGACGAUUCGAGCGCAAGGCCAUCUUUGAUAUUCCUUUGCCCAUGAAGCAGCGGCCUCGCGAUGCCAUGCCGACUGAAUCCUCGACCGAGUCUGCAACACCGGAGCCAAUGCCCCCUACCAGGACGAUGGCCUUCUCACUGAUGACCAAGAAAGGGAACAAACAACAGACUCGCACCAUCGAUCUUCCCUCCGAUUCCACCUUUGCUGUUGCUAUGCGCACUCAGCAACAGGCUGAUCGGGAAGAACAGCAACGGAUCAAGAACCUGGUUUUGAACUACGAGGCAGCGAAUGAACCGGAACCUUCUGAAGGUACAGAAUUCGAAAAGCGCAUCCCCGCCAACCAGCGAUUGGACAAGUCCGCUGCAAACCGGUCUGCCUUCAGAUCACGCAAACUCCAGCUCAGUGACGUAAAUUGGUAA